AUGCCCCGGCCAGUACUCCCCAUUGAGGACCUCCCAGCUUGGGCGCACCUAAACGGCGUCUCAUUCAACAAUAUUAAGGUCACUAGCAUCGAGGCAAAGGGUUAUGGCGUAGUCAGCGAUACAGGUUUGAGGGCAGUGGACAUAAGUCCUGAAACUCAGGCCUUGCUUGCUGUGCCACACGACCUCGUCCUGAAUGCCGCGGCCGUGGACGAGUAUGCAAAGGAGGACAGAAAUUUCAGACAGCUGCUAGACGCCGUUGGACAUCGUUCCGGACGCGCAGACGUCCUGCUGUUCCUCCUUGUUCAAACAGCCCUGGCUUCGCGAUCUGGUCACUCCUCGAUGGGCGUCUCAAACCCGUGGAUGGAGUAUAUCCAGUUCCUGCCCGAGACUGUUUUAGUGCCGACACUGUGGACCGAGGAUGAGAAGUUCUUGCUUCAAGGGACCUCUCUCGAGGCGGCUGUCAAUGCCAAAAUCUCAGCCCUGGAUGCCGAGUUUGCUGUUGUGAGGGAGAAAUCGUCCGAUAUCCUCUGUUGGCGAGAGCUGCUGUGGGACGGUGGCUCGGUGUCCUUCACGGAUUGGAUCCGCCUCGACGCUCUGUAUCGGUCCCGAUGCCUGGAGCUGCCAAGAUCCGGGGAAUGCAUGGUCCCUUGCAUUGACAUGAUCAAUCAUUCGGCUACACCCUCAGCAUACUAUGAAGAAAACUCCAGAGACGAGGUGCUCCUGCUGCUCAGACCAGGAGUCGGCAUCUCCAAAGGCGAUGAGAUCACCAUCAGCUACGGCAACGACAAGUCCGCUGCAGAGAUGCUGUUCAGCUACGGUUUCAUCGAUCCUCAGCUGACCACCGAUAAACUUGUCCUGCCCCUGAGCCCGUUCCCAGACGACCCCUUAGCCAAGGCGAAGCUUGUCGCCUUUGGUCAGGCGCCCCAGAUCCAUGUCGCUCGGGAGGAUGACGGGUCCAUCCGAUGGCAGAGCGAAUUCGCGUAUCUCAUGUGCGUCAACGAGGAGGACGGGAUAGACUUUCGCGUCCUGCAGGACAACGAUGGGGGUCGGCAGCUGCGCGUGUUCUGGCAGGACGAGGAUGUCACAGACCGAGCGGCCGGCUUUGAGGCCCUCAUACGGUACCAUCCGCUUGCUGCGGUCCUGCAAUUACGCGUCGUCACGGUCGUCCAAGAGCAGCUCCAAACUCAGCUGGAAGGGCUGCGGUCUAGCACGUUCCCUGAGCGGGCUGAUCCCAUGCAGAGAGGGGAUUGUUUCAAGGCAGCAUCGCUCCUCCGCCAGGUCGAAGCGAAGAUUCUCGAAAGCGCUAUUGAAGCCCUAGAAGUAGAGAGGAGCACGCUACUGAAGGACAGGAACGUGGUGGCUUAUCUCGGACUGAUGGAACAUGCCGAAUUGGAUUUAGCUGACGAAGAAGCGUCCAAUGAGGCCGACGACUUCAGUUGA